UCAUUUAGUUAGUCUAUCGCUUGCAAUCGGAACGGUUGUCGUCGUUGAGGAGGUUCGUUGUUUAUACCGGUAUUUUGUGUGUUGCAUCAUAAGAGAGUGGAAAGAGAGACAUAGUCUGGUCUAGGUGCACAAUACGACUUUGGACUUCUUGCCGUCAUCUCGCGUAUGCGAUUCUGCGGGUUUCGCUGUGUGAGUGAGAGGAAGAAAGAGAGUUUAGUACAAGUUCGCAGUCAGUCGGCUGACUAGCCAGUCAUCAGUGACCCAUUGGGACCGGUUCUUUCCUGCUGGAAGUCUAUCUUUGGUUCUCGACCAGGAUUGUAGCGGUACACAAUCAUAUUAGGGACCAUCCUCCGGUACUUAUUUUAGCCAUUGUGUGAUUUGGUGCCAGAAGGUGUGCUGUUUCAGACUGUGUGGGUGUGAGAUUGGAAUUAUUGAGGUGGGACGGGACAACCCUGCCAGGAGGUCGAAUUUCGCGGAAGCAGGAUUCUUCCUGUGUUGUGUUUACUUACACGCUGUGAAUUUGGAGGGUGGAUUCUGGCUCUGUGAAGCGAAACAGGAUAAGCACAAAAAGUGUUGGUAGUUUUUUCCUGAAGGGAGAAGCGAAUUCGUGGGAUGAAUUAAAGCCGUAAGGUGAUAUCGUCGGCUGCGAAAAGAAGAAGAAUAAAUUCUCAUCGUGCCGUGUGUGUUAAAAGAGAAGAAUCGGAAGAGUAGAAGAAAAACAUUCGUAGAAAGGUGAAUGAGUGCCAGUGUGCGGCAAGGUUUAAUUAAAAUUUCUUGAAUUUUUCAGCUCGGACAGCAAUCAACGAACUUUCGAGUAGUGUAAUCGCUGAUUCAGCGUUCAAUUAAGUAGAAGAAGAACAACGUGUGCUUGAUUAUAUAUUACACCAUCGCCUCUUUGAGAGGAGAAACCGUGCCACAAUCGCCAUCGAAAAGUGAACGCAGUGCAUGGAAAAAAGUGCUGAAUGUUUAUAUUUUUCGAGCAUUAAUCGCCACACCGGAAAGCCGAUAUCGAAAAGUGCAGCUGUUUCGAAUUCAAUGGAUUAACUUUCAACGUCCAUCUCGAUUUCAACUGGUUUCUCGAGCACCGUCCCUGAAAAGGUUGAUUUGCACUUUUAUCUGCACAACAAAGUGAUUGCAGUUCAAUUUUCUGGCAGAGCCCAUCGUAUCGGUAUCAAUGAAAUGAGCAGUGCUAGUGGCUUUAAAAGCAUCGUUUAUUGGCAAUAAUAGCAGCGGUGGAAGCAGCAAGCAAAACCACGGCCGCCAUCAGUACCAUCAAUAACACAGAAGAUAAUAGCACCCAGGGUUCGCUGAGGAGCCGCUAACAAUCAUCGUCAUCAGUCGCCGUCUCUGUGGUAGCAAACACACGAGAUGCAGCAUCUCUGACGACCAAGACAACGAUAUAGAACAACAGGAGACCAAAGUGUACCGUCAUCGUAGCACAUAUCCAUCGGCGUAGUGUUUCUUCUCGGUAGUUAACCAGUGCGGAAAGUGAUGCCUAGAAUGCCAUCGUAGUUUGGUUUGGGCUUAGGCGUGUGAGUGUGAGUGAAGAGUUCACAACGAAAUACACGGUCAAACAUGACCGUGAUCAAUUCUUUGAAGUGAAUCAAUCGAUAGUGUAGUGCUAAGGUCAAUGAAAAACCGAAUAAUCCUACAUCUAGGAUAACAAGAAUUUUUACACCAACGUAGAAAACCAUCAUAGCGAGUAUAGAGUUAGUUACUUAAAUCGAAGAGAAGAAGGGGGACGGUUGAGAUAUUUCGUUUUUGGAAAUAGACGAUCCUCCUCUUCCCAACACAGCUGCAACAAUGAAUUUACGACAUCAGGAAACGUUUUGUAUCAUACUUUUGCUAAGUACCGUCAGUAUUACCUUCGGGCAGGAUUUCCAGUUCGCCAGUGAUAAGGAGGAGGAUGAAGUGCAGCCCAUGCUAGCGGCCGAAUCACUGGACGUAGUUAGUAAAGCACAACCCAUCAAAUCAAUUUACUCUAAGGAGAAAGCACAAUGUCCGCCAUCGCAAAACAAGAUUAUGCUGUCAUUAGUGCUCCGAUCGCACAGUUGGGACGACAUCGUCGAAAAGAAACGUCAAAAAGCCGUCAACAAACUGUCCAAGUUCUUCCUGAUACCAAAGGAAAACUUCAUAAUCGAUGACGCCCAUCGAGUGGAUCUUCACGAGAUGUCCUCCAAGGCGCUUCAACGCGGCCGAAACAACCUAAGCAGCAACAAGCGCAAGCUGGGACGAGUGGGAUUUUUGAUCGGCUGUGGGAAGACCAUUUUCCCCAGUGAGAAACUGAUUGCCAACACCAUCGGGCAGCAGAUGAAGGAACGAGCGCUGGAUGACAUUUCGGGGCUGGAGUUUGGCUGGUGGUCCAUCUGGAGCCGGCAUCCAACGGCUGGCCAGGACCAACAGCAGCACCAAACUCGGCGUGUGAAGCGACAAAACAAUCAGGACGAUUACGAGAACGAUGAUGACUACGAUUAUAACUACGAUGAUGAAGACGAGGCAGAACCUACCGAGGUUCCUCAGCACGCCCACCGACAUCAUCACGGAGACAGCUCGCCGUCACAUGCGAGCGUUACUAACAGCGAAAACCACAAUACCAAGCAUAUCGACACCAGUGACAAAUUCAAGACUGUGGGUAACGGUGGACACAAACAUCACGAACAUUCGAGCGAAGAUAAUCAUAUUGUGCCUGCCAGUGUGCUGGACCGAAAGCACCCCUCGAACAAAAAAGUAGACUCUCAGACUGAAUCCAACGACCAACAGGAUUUUACUCAGGCCGACAUCCGGGAAAGCGUUUCCCAACUAGAAUCGACAAUCACAAAAACGAUAGAAAACAACGAGCAGCUGAAAAUUGAAGAGGAAAGCUUGUUGGCGAAAAAAUCUUCCAAACAUAAGGCAAUUGAUAUCCAACAAUUCAUAGAAACUGAACGAUUACUACCAGACGUUCAGAAAUUCAAUGGCCGAGACGUCUUCAAGGACGAUUACGUGAUUGACGAUGCGGUGACUCUUAAAGGACACUUGAAAACAACUCACAUUCCUCAUACAACACACAAACUUCCAACGACGAAAGAUAAACCUCUAUCGACUACGAAACAACCCCUCAUUCCCCAUGCCAAAAGUAGAAGCUCGUUUACAAGCUCGAAAGUUGUUCCUCCCAUAACUACAGCAACCACCGAAUCCAUAAGUAUCUCCCCUAAGAAGACCACUUCCGCAACGACAACAUCAACACAAUACUUGAAAUCGACGUCCACCAUACCGGUCACGACCCCGGAAACGACAACCGUAAAUGGUCCGGAUAGCGACAUUAUUUUAUCCAAUCAAGAUAACUCGGAAGAAUCCUUAUCGAGAACCACCGCAUCAAUCACGACUACAGAAGUAUCCGUGACCAAACCGAUGACGACUAAGACCCCGUCCACGACCAUACAGAUGACAAAGGCAAGCACCUCAGCACCACCCACGACUACAACCACUCCUGCCCACAGUCCUCCCACAACACCCCCCGCCACGACACCGCUAACUACCGCUUCUACCUCCCCCGCGUUCAAUCGCAUUAACGAGUUCGACGAUUCAGAGACCGAAAUCAUCUCCACUGCCGCUACUAACAUUCGUUCCACUAACAAGAACAACACCACCAACGAUAAGCUUAACUACAUCGCACCGCCACCGGUAGAAACGGAAGUGGGUGGUGCCGCUGCUAGUGAGCCUGCUUCCGCUUCCGCUGCCGCUGCCGAGCAGGACCAGGGAGCAGCGAAGACGGCCGAUAAAGAAGAGGACUUACCAACCGUACUACUGUCAUCGAUGGGAACUUCUCCGGUCACGGCCUCGUCCACAAUAUCUAUAACCUCUGCGGCUUCGAUACCGACCGAUUCCCAAACGAUCACCAGUCAGUUCAAGAACGUGGCCACCACCACAUCCUUGAACCGCCCAGAUCUGUCAUUCGGAUUAGAUGAAGAAACCAACGCAGAAGACGAAGUCGAAGAGGAAGAAGACGAAUACGAAGAUACGGUCAUAAUCACGGAACUUCCCAAUUCAGUAGCCCCAGCAGCCCCGGCUGCUACCACGAGCACUGCUGCUCCAACAACCCCAACCGUAUCAACAACUGUUAGAACAACGACGGAAACAGAAAUGGAGGCUACCAUCACAGUCAGUGAUAUCCCUACGACUCCGACGGUCGAAUCGUUGCCUCGGUCUCUUCCUGUUACUACAACUCCGGCAGUAAUCACUACAACAGCAACAACAGGGACACCACCGCCUACUACAACACAGCUUGAACUCGUAACAGCGCCAAGUGUGGUUUUGGUUGAAACUACCACAGCUGCUACUAGUGACACUGCUAUGACUACCUCUUCUACUACUACUAGUCUUGAACCAAAGGCUACCACUGAACCAACCGUAAGUAGUAGUAGCAGCAGCAGUAGGAACAGCAAUACUCCCGUGAAACAGCAAGAACCUAAGGAAGACUACGAGAACUACGACGAAGAGUAUGACGAUGAGAUCGAAGAGGAACCCACGACGGUUGCUGUUCCCACCGGACGGCAGCAGUCCGGUAACGUGCAACCGGCUGUUGUUAGUACUGAGUCCACGACAACGGAACAGCCGACGACAACCCCGUCAACAACUACCGUCCCAUCUACCACGAGCACAACGACCACUGCGACCACUUCUACGACCACCACUACAACGACAACGCCAGCUCCUACGACCACCUCAACCACCGUAGCGACGACGGAACUGGACGAACCUACCAACAUGUAUCCCAUCAUCCGGAACCGCAUUCAAAAGCAGGCCAUCAUUGCCGGCAAGGUAUUCAGUCUAACGGUUCCGCUGGACACGUUCCAAGACACCGAGGAUGGUAACAAUCUGCGACUGGAGCUGUUCGACAGCCACGGCAAUCCACUCAAGAACAACUCCUGGAUCCAGUUCAACGCCGAGACGCGGGAAAUCUAUGGCCUUCCCUUGGAGAAGGAUGUUUCUAAAUGGCACUACAUCUUGCAGGCUACUGAUUCCGGUGAUAAAUCGGUUAAUGAAACCGUAGACAUCUCCGUCCAGCAGCACAAAUCGCACCGUAGUGUGAACCACGAAAUUAGCCUAGCGCUUAAAUUGCAGCGAAAGUUUGCCAGGAACGUUGACUGGCAGAUUGAGAUUAUCAGAGGUAUCACCAAAGUGCUAGGAGAUGCAUCCGUUUCAAACGUAGUUGUCCGCGAAGUUCGAAACAGCAUCCAGGAUCCAAACCUUGCUACUUUUGUGUACACUAACGAAACUUUGCCGAAGGAUCGCUGUCCCGAAGAGAUGCUUGACGAAUUAGUCGCUCAACUGACCGAAAAAGUCCUAAAUGAUGUAUUGAACCCGGAUAUCAUGGUCAAGUCAGUACAGGGACAACAAAUCGGACAGUGCAUGAAAUCCGUAAUUCCGAAGGUGAAACCAACACAGAGCAUUGUCACAAAGAACUUUGCUCCCACGACGAGAAACCAGGUUGAUCGAGUCAACGCGACAGUUGGUCAUCUACUGGUUUACAAAGUACCAGCUGAUUCAUUCUACGACCCAGAAGAUGAAAAUGAUCUGAAGCUGAAACUGCUGACCACCGAACGAAAUCCGCUAGAUCAACAUCAUUGGUUGCAGUUUGAUUCAAAGAAUCAGGAGUUUUUCGGUGUUCCUCAAACUCAGGAUGUUGGCCACAAAGAAUAUCUACUGAUUGCCGAAGACCGUGAAGGUUUGACGGCUACCGAUGCUCUGGUUGUGGUAGUCCACCAACCCCACUACAAACGUGAUUACAGUGUCUUGUUCGAGCUUACGUUGGAUACCACGCUGGAGCAAUUCAGUACCGCCCAAUCCCAAAGAAGGUUCAUCGAACGGCUGGCCAUGGUAUUUGGCGACUCCAAUACAAACUAUAUUCAAAUUCGUAAGAUUCACCCAAUGCGCCACGUGGACCAAGUUCAAGUGACCUUCUUCAACACUACGCUGUACCGUCAGCAUCAACGCUGUCCGGAUGAAGAAAUUGAAGCCCUUCGCAAUAUGCUGCUCUACCAGGAUGGAACUGUCCGCACCAAGGUUCGAGACAUUCUCGGCCAAGAGUUCAACCUCGUCAACAUGAGUAUGAUACCGAUGGGCACCUGCCAAGGGUUCGAUACUCCCAUCCAUGUGACGAACGAGCCAGAGAAGGCCGUUCCGCCACCAAUCGCCAAGGAUGACUAUCUGCUCACCGUUGUGCUGCCGGCUGUGAUAAUCCUAGCGAUGCUGCUCAUCGCCUUCAUUAUUGCCUGUAUCCUGUACAGGCGACGGCUCACUGGCAAGAUGGAACUUGAAUAUAUCAAUUUCCAACCUAUCGCAUCCCAAUCCAAUCAAGGUACCGACGAGGAACGGAAAUCGUUCCGCUCCAAGGGCAUUCCGGUGAUAUUCCAGGACGAGCUGGAUGAGAAACCAGAGAUCGGCAACAAAUCACCGGUAAUUCUGAAGGACGAGAAACCACCGCUGCUGCCACCGUCGUACAGCAGCACCAACAAUGACGGUGAGAACGAAGAUGUCGACGAGUACGUGCCACCGCCGGCCGUGGUCAUGGGUGGUCGCGAAUCGCGAGGCAAGUCCCCUGUAACACCGUCCUACCGAAGGCCCCCGCCGUAUGUGUCCCCUUAGAAGCGAGCCAAUCGUAGUGCCACCAGCACUGCUAGCACCACAACGUCCAUCUCCAGCAACAAUAGUUUCAACAACAACAACAACACCAGCAACAGCAAUGGAGAACGAAGACCGCCACCGGCACGAAGCUAGACAGGAUGAGCACUACGAUGGAGCAAAAUGAGCGCCUCCUAGAGGCGUACGAUCACUCAAAUGAUGAGAUCCGAUUUGAUGAGUUAUCAUUCGUGUAGGAAGAAAACAGGAAGGGUCCCGAAAUGUUUUAUUUUAUCUGACGAGAGUUAAGUCUUUCGAUAGGGAUUCGAUUUUUUAGCAAGGAAGGAAUGAGGCAGAAGUUUCAUAUUUUUGUAAAGAAAAGUGAAUCAAUUUAUAGUCAUCUAAUGGUAAUUAAGAUUUGAAAUUGAUCUUUGCAUGAAGGAUACAAACAAAAAAUGAGCACACAAAAACUAGCUUUAGCCGAUAAGUUUUGUGUUUAGGUUCAGAAACGAAUUGUAAAUCCGUUUGUUUUGCCCGGCUCGAUUACUCGAAUUAAGUUUUAAUAAACGUGAUUUUUUUACUGAAGAUAUCGUCUUUCCCCUCUCUCGCCCUAUCUUUUGCGGUACGGAACACAGCGAGAGAACCACGCACAAUCAAUUUUUUUUAGGAAGUUAUACCCCCUCAGAAGCAGUGCAGCUGCCUGUUCAAGAGCUUAUGAUGAUAGACGAAAAUGUAAAGAAUUUCAGUUCGGUUCUCGAAAACAAUUGGCUUUUGGUGGAAAAAAAAGUAUAGAUAAAUAGUGUACGUUUAACGAAAUCACGCUUAAAAUUGAUGAGCAGACGAAAUAUUUGAUGUUUUGUUGGGAAUAAUUAUUAUGAAGCCGUUGUUUUUUUUUCUAGUCCAGUGUUCUACAAAUUUGGAAAAAAUGAAUUAACAUUAAUCUGAUGCCAAUGAACAAUGCACACAAGUCGUACUUUAUCCAAAGUAUCAAAAAAUCAGUUGCGUGAUGAAAUAGCAAAAUUAAUCAUUAUGCAACCCAAAUGAGUUACCUGGUUUAUUACGUAUGUAUCAAUUCAAUGUGGAAAAGUAGGCUGUUCCUUGACAGAUUGGCAUGAUGAAAAAAAAAACCUUUUAGGAUAAUAAAUUACUGAUAGUAGUUUUUUACAAUUUCUAAUCGUAAUAGGCUGUUUUUCAUCACGCCAAUCUGUCAUUGAUCUGCUUACUUUCCUUCAUUGAAUUGUGAAGUAUCGCAUUAGUCAUUACGCAACUGAAAUUUGUUUAACACUGAAAUCAGUUGCGUGAUGACCAUUACGCAACUAUUUUGAGGUGAGUGAUGAAACACAACAAUUUGCAGAAAUUUUAAGCUGAAUGCAUUUCGUGAUGAUUUCUGAUAACCUUAUGUGCUCUUCUACGAAAUUGCAAAAAAAAAACUCCAGAACUCGAUUUUUACAGCACUCGUCGUAAUUGUUCAACUCAGCUACCCAAGUAACAUGAGUAGCUGAACAAUAGUUUAUUGAGCUGAUAUAAGCGCAAGAGUGAUUUUUUCAGCUCUUAUUCAGCAAAAAUGUUCAUUGGGUAUGCUCGUUGGAUAAUGGAUAAUCAUUCUUCAACUUGUUGCGUAAACUACUAUUACGCGACCAGGUGCAUUUAUAGGAUUUUAUAGGACGAGAUAAUGAGUGCUGUAAAAAUUGAGCACUGCACCGAGUUGCGCACUAUUAUUUUUUUUUUUUUUUUCAUAUCGUAAUCGACUAAUAGGGUUUUCUCAUAACAUUAAUCUGUCUAAAAACGGCCUACUUUCCUACACAGAAUUAUACUGUGUCGUACGAAUCUUUGCUUGACUCUUUAUUUUCAUUACGUAACUCGUUUGAUUUGCACAAUGAAUCAUUCCUACAGCACUCGUUGUAAUUACGACGUCGUAAUCUUGCGUAAACUAUUAGGUACUUUGCAGUUUCGUAAAACGCUUCUUGAGGAUUUAAAAAAAUAUAUUGAGUUUUGUACUAAACAUUCUUGCAAUCUUUUAAAUGUUUAAAGGUCGUAUGCAACGCAAAUGAGUUACGUAAUGAACUAGAGUUGAGAAAUAAAUCUCAUUACGUAACUGAUAUCAACUGUGUAAUGAACUCUUGCGAUACAUAUAAUUCGGUGUACGAAAGCAGGCCGCUUCACAAUGGAUUAACAUGAUGAAAACAGCCUAUCACGAUAAAAAAAUACAAUACAGUAGUUCGUUGAAUAAAUUUACGACUCGUGCUAAAUUAUUAUUAAUACGAGAUGCAUUCACCAUUACUUUACUAUUUCUUAAAAUUGUUGUGUAAUGAUUCAUUAUGCGACUCUAAACAGUUGUGUAGUGAAAAAAUGUUGCGUUAUGAAACUGCAUAACUCAGUGCAGGAAAGUAGGCUGUUUAAUGACAAAUUAAGGUGAUGAAAAGCAAAAAAAUAAUAAUAAUAAAUAACAAAAAUAAACCACUAUAAAACGUCAAGAAUUUCGUCCGCUCAUCAAUGGUGCGUCAUAGAUAUAUGCAAGCGUAACACUAUUUCUAAUAAUAGGAUGAAUCUUCAUAAAUGUUGUGCAACAGUGGCAGUAAAAAGUGUGAUUAUUGUAAUUUCAUAAAUUACAAAACGAUCAAUUAGUUGCAAAUAUAUAACUAAAUUAAAUGUAUCCAGCGAUAAUGAAAACCAUUGAAAUUCUAACGGAUUUCUUUUUCUGAACGGAACUCAGAUCCAGGGAACACAAAGUAGGCGAGAAGCCCGAUAGACCAGACUUAAGAACCAUUGAUCAAGAAGUUUUGGAAACAACAGCUUUUGGGCUGAAAAAGAGGCGCAUUUACCUUUAGAUACGAUACCGUACUUUUGACUCCAGUUUAUUGCAUAAAAAUGGCAUUAGUUAUGUAGAAGCUUUUCCUCAAACAGCGUUUCUCAACUCAUAGAUUCAAUCAUUUUAUGUCUGAUACAUGAACUUAAAUCCUCUACAGCAACAAAAUUACAAUUAGAUAUGUCUGAAGGCUUCGUUUUUGAAUUUUCUCGAUGACAACGGUCAAUAAACACUGAGUUAUGAAAUUCACUGAAAAAAAAACCUAUUAAUUUUGGAUAUUUUUUUUAAAGCGUUGAGCAGUGUUUAAAAUUACGGAGUAAGUAAUUAUGCAAUAGUUGACUCUAAAAUACUCACAGAAGUUAACUCGCAGGUUGAGAAAUGCUGUAUUGCCAUAGAUACUGAAAAUGGCGAACAUUUUACAAAUUGGUAGGAUUUUUUCUGAUUUCAGCCCUUUUGGUGCGCACAUCUUCAAGGAAACAAUAGUAAAAAUAAACAAAUUUCUAAGGGAAAUGCAAGCCUAUCUUACAAUGGUAUUCCUGUACCCAUCUACAUCCCAAACCAUAAAUGAGUCUAUGAUCUCAGUUUUUCAAAACAGAAGCGGAAAAUAUCAAUUUUAUAACAAAUUUCGAAACUCGCAUACACAUAACUGCCAUAACAACAGAGGAGCAAGAAAGUAAGAAGGAGAACAAAUGUAGGUAAUCUGAUUUUAUCCAAACCUUGAUGCAUUUGAUUACAACUUCCAACCGGGAAACAGAACGCGACAUUGAGAACUCCUUGAAACCAGAGCCAAACGAUUAGUCAGUAAAAUCUUUGAAAACAUCCGAGCACGUUGGUUUCAAACGACUUGACGAGAAUAUAGCAAUCCACUCUGAUGAACAACGAUUGUCUAACAAAAACUUAGCAAAACAAAUAGUGUUUGUAAAACUAUAUCGCAUCGCCAUUUAUCGGACAAAGCGAACGCAACUAUCAAUGUUUCGAUGGUUAUUUAAAAAAAAAUCGUUUCAUUGUACAUUACUGUCUUCAACUGAAUGAAUGCUUUAAAAGUUUGACAGUUUCCAUUGGGUUUAUUUAAGUGUAACUAAGUUAGCAAGCAUACGUUUGACCAUAAGAGCGCCAUCCGUUAGAUAUUGGAAGUCUAAAUUAAGUUUUGGAGCCAAAUCGUACAUAUUCAUAGCUUGUACGAAAUUUAUUAUUUCAUCAAUUAUUUAAACUAUGACAGCUUAAACACAUAUUGUACAGCAUUACUCUUUCAAUUCAUUAUGUAGAGCGUAAUACAAUUUAUCGAUUGUCGUGAACAACAAAAACGUACUUUAAGUAUACCAGGAACCGUCUCGAUUAUCUUCUCCCCGCGAUUUUUUCUCAUACUACCGAUUCUCCUAGGAUCAUUUCCCUGACUUAAUGUCGCCGCCAAGCGAAUCUUCUUACGCGGUGCAAUUCAGUUCAUUAUUUAAAAUCUUCCAAAACAAAGUCCAGCGAACCAAAACAUAAUGGGAACGAAUGCAACAUAAACUGUAGAAUAUACUCAUGCACUGAUAGGGGAAAUAUACAAAGCAAACAAUACACUAGUAAGAUAUAAUCAAUGCGAAGCGUCAACCUUAAAUUAAUUUGCGAAAACGGUUAAACAAUGCGACAAAACAAAAAAUAAAUAAAACUAAAACAAUACAAAGUCCAACAAUUGGAGAGUAAAAACAAAUAUACCGGAUUGAAUUACAUGAAUACAUGCAGGAAAAACUGGCGCAAAAUAUUUGCGGCAGAUUGUGCGGGAUGAAAAGUGGAAAAGAUAACCAAAUUGUACAUUUUUUUAAUAAAACUUAAGAAAAAUCUAAA